GUACACAUGAGACUGCUACUUCUUCAUUUUCUCAAGUCGUCAAGAGUCUUCCCUUCAAGAUAUCUAUUUUCGAGAAGUAAAAGAUCCCAAAGUUCUCAUUAUGUCUUCUUCAAGAGGUGGUAAACUUGCAUGCUCGAGUGGUUCCGAUUUCAAGACCGAUGUUAUUACAGCUAAUGAGGGCGAGGAUAUUGCUAUGAAGAUCAUGUCACUUUCUAUAAGAAGACCCCGUGCUAUAUGCAUUCUCCAUGCAAAGGGUACAAUAUCAAAUGUCACAAUUCGUCCCUCUAGUUCUUCUGGUGGCACUUCGACCUAUGAGGGAAAUUUCGAGCUUAUACACUUGAACGGUUCAUUUGUGCCUAUUGAGAUUGGAUUAUCAAAAAAAAGAUGUGGUGGAAUAAGCAUCAGUUUUGAAGGUCCUGAUCGUCAAGUUAUAGGGGGUGAACUUGCUGGUUCGCUAGUAGCUGGAGGUCGUGUGGAGGUUAUGAUUGGCAGUUUUAAAGUCAACGACAUUUCUGCUCUUAGUAAUCGUGGAGGCUCUGUGAACUUAUCUUCUGAUUAGGAAGUUCCUUUGGCUAUGUCUAACCUUAGCCAAUCAGGUGCUUGAGUUGCAUGUUGGAGAUGCCCCUAAUGUGGCUUAUUUUUUAUUCUGUUGAGUCAAACCUAUUAGUCAAAUUUCACAUGUGUUAUUUAUAAUAUUUCUGUUAUGCGACAUUCUUAGAUUUUAUAGCGAUUUUUGAAAUGUGGUUUUAUGUGGGUUGUUUUGAACAUUAUUAUUGUUUGUGAAAAUGGAAAUGACAUUUUAGCCUUUA